UGCCCCAUCAGUGGUGUCAGUGUGGGAGGAAUAGUGCCCCAUCAUUGGUGUCAGUGGGGGGGGAAUAGUGCCCCAUCAUUGAUAAUAGUGUGGGGGGGAAUUGUGCCCCAUCAUUGGUGUCAGGGGGGUGGGGGGAGGAAUAGUGCCCCAUCGUUGGUGUCAGUGGGGGGAGGAAUAGUGCCCCAUCGUUGGUGUCAGUGGGGGGAGGAAUAGUUCCCCAUCAUUGGUGUCAGUGUGGGGGGGGGGAGGAAAUAGUGCCCCCUCAUUGGUGUCAGUGGGAGGAAUAGUGCCCCAUCAU